UUUGUUUCCGUAUUUUCAUCAGAAAAUUAGAUACAUGACAUGUAAUGCGCAUGCUCGUGCGGAGUCUUGGCGAUUAGAUUAAACAUUUCGCGUAAAAAGGUUCCAAGAAAUGGUGUUUUUUGGACUUAUUUUUUAAUUCAAUGGUCCCUUAGAUAAUGGAUAGCGGUUCCGGCUUUUCUCUGGUUUAAUGUAAACAGGUUUAUCAUGCCGCCUCGUUCUGUAUCACUUGAUCGUUAGUAUUGAUCUUGUCAUGCUUUUACUGAGCACAGAUAAAAGAGAUGAAUGAUUCAAAUAAAUUUAUACAGUCAUGAUGUAAAACAAUGAGCAAAAAUUAUGGAAAAUAACUUACCAUGUAAAAAAAACACAGGGAAGAGAAAAAGUACGCAAGUGAAAGAGAAGAAUAGAAAGAGAUGGAAAUAUGGAAAUGGAAAUAAAUACAAAGAGGAAACACAAUGGAAUAGAAUGAGAAUGAAACCUGAACUGAAAUGAGAAGAAAAACUACGAACAAAAACAUCAUAACAAAGGCAUAAAAAACAACAACAAUUACAAAGUCGAUUAGAAAAAAUGAUGAUUAAGUGUGUCAGGGAAAUCUAUUAAUAAUGUGACCGAUUGGUUGGUCGUAAACAGCAGCACACACAGCUGAAACGCAUGGGAAACAUCCGCUGCACAAAUACAUCUUCUGCUGGGGUCAAUUAUCCAUGUUAUUUUCAUAAACAUUGCCCGCGAUCUUCCACAGGGACCCCAGGUCACAGGUUAAUAAACGUGUGCGGGCAUACAGACAGUAAUGGGAAAUAUGUCGAGACUGAAACCCAUCAUUGAAAUAAGCACUUAAACUAAUAUGCUAAAAGCAAGCUUUACAUAAUGUCUGGAGAUCGAAUGGAAAGGAAAAUCACAAAAAGAAAAAACAAGAGAAAUGAAGGGAGAACGGGAACUAUCUUCCAGGGAUAUAAGAAAUGUCGGCUCGUUAGAAACAGGAUUAAUUAAUGUUAAAUAAACAGAUGCGUAUAUACCAAAAUAGUCAAAAUAAAAUCAAAAUAAUAAUCAAUAUAACGUAAACCAWACUAAGAACCCAGUAACGRCCAUACGGGCCGYCUUCUCUACACAUGUUGUAGUCCGUGAAAGCCGUGCCGGUCUACCUGGAACAAUAGCCCUACUGGUGGUGAUUUUGUUAUGCCAUGUGAUUUKUUUUAUGAAUAAUUAAAUGUCGAGGAAGGUAGGGAUUUCGAGACGAGCACAAAAUCAAGAUCGCAAAUCAUCCAAGCACAUAUACAUGAUAAACUUAGAGAGAAAGAAAUGUCACGACUUAGCUUUGCGUUACUAAUGUAUUGUUUUACGCAGGUCACGCAAGAAGUCAUCAACUAAAUGAACAGACUUGAUGAUAGUGUUGAAAUCGAAGCAUCAUUUUACCUUCUUCCUCGGUGGAAACCAUUUGAGAUGGCGGUGCCAUCCGUAGCCAUAGCUGGACCUAUGCAACACUUCACUAGACAGCACCGUGGAUAUUAAGAAGUGUGUUCUCGAGCAACUUGUCAUAUUUGCUUUUAACUGACGCUAACUUCGUAGGAAUGAAAUCUGGGUUAUUAUUUCUUGGGUUAAUCUUCCUGGAUUUAUGGUAUGUCCAGAGCAAGGAUUACAAACUUGGUCUUUUAAUACCAUACCGUAAUGUUCGGCAAGUUUUCUCAAACUCCUACUUCGCAGGAAUGAAGUAUGCUGCGGCAAUCACUGUCGCCGUACGAGAUAUCAACAACAGAACAGACUUACUCCCUAACGAUACUCUAUCUUUCGAAUGGAGAGACACGACAGCACCGUGGAUAUUAAGAAGUGUGUUCUCGAGCAACUUGUCAUAUUUGCUUUUAACUGACGCUAACUUCGUAGGAAUGAAAUCUGGGUUAUUAUUUCUUGGGUUAAUCUUCCUGGAUUUAUGGUAUGUCCAGAGCAAGGAUUACAAACUUGGUCUUUUAAUACCAUACCGUAAUGUUCGGCAAGUUUUCUCAAACUCCUACUUCGCAGGAAUGAAGUAUGCUGCGGCAAUCACUGUCGCCGUACGAGAUAUCAACAACAGAACAGACUUACUCCCUAACGAUACUCUAUCUUUCGAAUGGAGAGACACGRACUGUGAUGAAUUCACUACAUUAAGACAUCAAAUUCACAUGAUACAAAGGAACGUCACUGCCUUUAUUGGACCUGGAUGUCAAUGUAAAAUGGCCGCCAAAAACGCGGCAGCCUUUAACAAGACAAUGAUAUCUUAUAUGUGUAAUAGUCCCGAACUGUCCAACAAAACAGAAUACCCAACCUUUGCACGAACUCUUGCAGUGCAUAGUAAAAUCCUGCCAACUGUACUUGCUAUCCUGGAUGAAUUCAACUGGGAUAAGGUGGCUAUAAUCACCGAGAGAAAAGAUCAGUUUCUUGCAACAACUCAGUACAUGAAGAAAGAAUUCAAGAAAAAUGGAAUCAAGCUCACAUACUCGGCAGAGGUUCAGGAUUUAGAAGAAUAUGAAAAUUAUAUAGUAUUAUUCAACGACACGAAAUACGAAAAGGAAUACGAAAAUGCUUUUCAGCAAAUCAAAACAAAAGCCAGAAUUGUGAUUUUAAUGACAAGCUACCCUAUGGCACUAGAAGGACUUUACUUGGCCAACCAAGCAGGACUCAUCAAUGGCGACUAUGUGUUUAUUGUUUUUGAGCUUGAUCCAGUACUGGCAGGUUACCAGGCUAAUCAUAAACUCAAGUUCUUCUUUCUUGGAAAGAGGAUGAAAUUCGUGAUCGACGAGCUUCAAGCAGCUUUGAUAGUGACGGUGAAGAGCAGUAAAGGUGGUCGAUACAACGAGUUCCUCAAAAGCCUUAGAGUAUGGCAAUUCAAGGAUCCAUUUUACAAAGUCUACAACAUUACCCAGAAACAUCAGCCCGAGCCUCCAGUGUUUGCUGCAACUCUCUACGAUGCUGUUUAUCAAUUUGCUGUUGCUCUGAAUAAAACCUUGAUGUACGGUCAACCUGUGAAAGGGUCUGUGAUCCUUAGUCAUUUAACCAAUCAUUCCUUUGAAAGUAUUCGUGGAUAUCAGGUUCGUAUGGAUCACAAUGGAGAUGCUGAGUUCAAUCUGACGCUGAUUCACAUCCAAAAAGCCAAAAAAGCAAUGACAAGCAGCAUGGACGAAAUAGCAUCGUUUGUUACUUCAAGUAAUUCGUCUGCUCUAGAAGUCAAGUUUUUACCUGAUAGAGGUGUUGAGUGGUUUAAUGGGCGRAAAUGGCCGCCUCCUGACCAACCCCGGUGUGGAUUUGACGGCAAACUUUGUGUAAUUAACAAAACCAUUAAAGAUAACACUAAUACCAUAAUCACCGCAAUCUCUGUGGUGUUGGGCGUACUGGCGGUUCUCUUGAUUGCUAUUCUAUAUAGACAUUACAAAGUUGAAAGAGAACUUCACAGUCGAUUGUGGAAAAUCGAAUACAACGAUCUUUUCUUCGAUAAUGGUCGUCGAAGAUCAGAAGCGUCAAUAGGAAGCAGUAUAAUGUUUCCUCCAAAUGAAAUAAUAAAUAUUUUUGAUAAUAUGGUACAAAUGAUGGAAAAAUAUGCUGAUAAUUUAGAAGAAUUAGUAGCUGAAAAAACUGUACAACUUAUGGAUGAAAAGAGGAAAACAGACGCUUUAUUAGAAAGUAUACUGCCAAGGCCAGUGGCCGAGCAGCUCAAAAAGGGUAAAUCAGUAGACGCUGAAAGUUUUCACGAGGUUACGAUCUACUUUAGUGACAUCGUUGGUUUUACUAGUCUUAGUGCUGAAAGUAGUCCCAUGCAGGUUGUCACGUUACUCAAUGAUCUCUACACGCUAUUCGAUGAUAUCAUCCAAGAAUACGAUGUAUAUAAAGUGGAGACGAUUGGUGAUGCAUAUAUGGUAGUCAGCGGUCUACCAAUACGAAACGGCAGACGUCACGCUGCUGAGAUUUGUAAGAUGGCGUUACAUCUUGUUGAUGCGGUAUCRAAGACGUUUGUAGUACGACACAGGCCUGAUUACAAGCUACAGCUACGAGUUGGGAUCCACAGCGGUCCAGUAGUUGCUGGUGUUGUUGGUAAUACUAUGGCCAGAUACUGUCUAUUUGGUGAUACAGUAAAUACAUCGUCAAGAAUGGAGGCUAACGGAGAACGGCAAAGGUAAUGUUGAAACAUACUGGUUGAUCAGCGCUAUGACCUGCCUGCAUGAUAACAAACCUAUACCUCGAGUACAAGUACCUCCAAGCGAAACCCCUCCCAUAAUGACCAUAUUCACCACUCCUUCAAGCUCGCCUCUUUUACAGAGAAAUACCAACUUAAAAGUAUCUAUACGAUCACGAAACGGACAGCUCCAUAGCAAAUCAAGUCCUAACCAAACACCUGUACUUUAACCUUCUUGACGGAAUGAUAAACUGCACGGUGAACCGCUACCAGGUCAUUCACACUCCUCCACUGUGACUAGAGGUACAAACCAACCCUAAUAACGCGCCUGUACAUAAACAACCAUACAGAGAAAAACACUUUCGCAUUGUAAAUCAAACAGUUCUGUACAGUGAUUCAAGUAGCUUUGUCUAUCUCUACAUCGCUGUAAAAAUGACAACUUUUCGUAUUCAUCUGCGAAAGCAUCAGUAUGAUUGGUGUAUUAAUCGUCUGUCAUAUGGAAUAUGAAGGGGUAUGUGAAGGCUGUAUUUUCUAUUGAACAGUCAUUGAUAAUACCACAGCACAAUGCGUGCCUCAUUGGCGAUCUCACUUCUAUGAACGGGAUAUACGGUCCGACCAAACUGAAACUGGUACGCUAUGAACAUCAUUUAGCACUGUUUAGAUAUGCCUGCUAUGCAGGAAGAAAAAUCGUUCUUAACCAUCAAUUGUGGCAAAAGGAUAGUGAAACCCACAAUUCUAUGAUGGAAUCGUAUGCAUUGUGGGUAAAGCCCUCCACAUUUGACCGAGAACUCUACCAUAUAGAUGAACUAGAUGGCUGGAUAAUCCGUAAAGAUAUCAAAUUGGUGGAUCUCUUUGUACUGAACACGCAUUCCAACAUUUAUCGUAUAAAAAGUGACGUUGACGGUGGAUAACCCGUUAAGCUAUCAAAUUUGUGGUUCUMAAUUGACUGAUUAGCCUGCAAGAUUGACCAGUUACUGAAAUACUCUCAUGCUUCAUGCCAGGCACCUGUAAUUAAAUGGCAACUUUUACUGGAAACACGGGAUAACAGAUACACAAAACAGCGUUCGAAAAACACCAAAUGAUUUUAUUCAACGGCCUAAAGACCCCAACAAUUUAUUUCAAACUCAACGGAUUUCAUAUUUAUUGUUCCCAUAACACACCAUGCGCUCUCUAAAGUAAACUAUACAGCUAUUAAAACCUUCAAUACUAAAUACUGUUUUAGUGCUUUGUGCAUUCCAAGAGACCGCAAAGCAUGUUAGUGCACGUUAGGUGCGUUACUGACUAUAUAUAAACUUAAUUACUUUCUAUUCAAGUUAUUGACUGUACGGAGCUGGUUGACACACUCUGAAACAACAAAAACAGCUCUUUUUUAACGGCGAUUAAACGGCCAACAAUGCAUUUCAGUCUUGGAAAUACACUAUCUUCAGUAUUCAAUGCUUUGUGAUAUAGAUGUAUAUAGUACAGGAAGACCAGGAAGCCGAAAUCAAUCAACCUUUUAUUAAUAUAAUUGACCCAAACCAGAAUCCAGAUUUAUAGAAGCUUUGUUUAGAAAAUUAAGGUUUGGCGUCCUGUAGAUCGGAUUUUAAUAUAACAAAGUACAAUAAAACUAUAUCAAAGAUAUCAAUAAAUACAUUUCUAAAAGCUAUCAUUUUAUGUUGCUUCUUGAUACAGAUAUAUUAUUUUAGUAAUAAUAACAAAUAUUUAUAAGUGAGAAUACCUUGUCAAUUAUUGGUCCAAAACUUCAAAUUGUGAUUGUAAAACUAAAGAAAUUUGUAGAAAGUGGGAAAAGAACUGGACUAGACAGUAGUGUUACUGGACUAGACAUUUAGUAGUGUAUUAAGACUUUGACACAAUAAAAGCCAUCUGUGAUUUGUA